AUGAAAAGUUUUCGAAUCUUCAAACUUCUUCAAUCUCAUCGCAUCGCCAAGAGGACUCAGGACAGCCAUUGCAGUUGCGAGGGGACAUUGCCGUCUGGAAACAUGGAUCCGCUGAAGCAAUUGGCGUUUGACCAGCAUGUCAUUUUGAGACUGCCGUCUGGGAACCGGAAAAUCGUGCAACUGAAGCCAAACAGCUCGAUCUCGCUGGGCAAAUUCGGUGCCUUCCAGGUCAACGACAUCGUCGGGUACCCGCUCGGCACCACUUUCGAGAUCUACUAUGACGGAACACACGAGCCAGACCUCAAGAACAAAAACAGGACGCCGAUCGGGAAAAUAAGGCUAAUGCCCAGAAGCGAAAAUGAAAACGCCGAGAGAAAUCAGAGCCCGCUGCCCGCGGAACUGGCAAACGUGCUGAGCAGCGCGAACAACCAGCAGCUCGUCAACCUGGGGAACGACGUCCAGGGGUUGUCGACGGCGCAGAUCGAAGCUUUGAAAAACCAGACGGCCUCCGGCGAAGAGAUCAUCGCCAAGAUGAUCGAAAACCACGGCACCUUCGACAAAAAGACCGUCUAUUCGCAGGAAAAGUACCUGAAGAGGAAGAAACAGAAAUUCUCCAAGUUUUUCACCGCGGAGUACCUUAGCAGUUCCGCAAUGCUGCAAUUCCUGCUAGAAAAGGGCGACGUGCAAAGAGUCAUGGACAUGUCACAGGAGUCGCUCGGCAUGCUGCUGAACCUAGCCAACAUAAGAUCCAACGGCACCUACCUCUGCGUCGACGAGACCGGCGGUCUGCUGGUCUACUUCCUGCUGGAGAGGAUGUUUGGCGGAGCCAACGACACCAAAGCCGCCGGAACGAUAGUGGUCGUGCACGAGAACGAGCACCCGAACCUGGACCUGCUCAAGUUCUCCAACUACUCCGACGCCUUCAUCAAAGACCACGUCAAGACGGUAUCCCUGCUUGACUUUUUCGAGCCGCCCAGCCCGCGGGAAGUAGAAGCGGCGUUUACGCCGCUUCCGAAGGACCAAGUGUGGUCUCUAAAGGCCGGCAAGAAAAACGCCUACUACCGGCGCCUGAAAUGGUACAACAACCAGCGACAGAUCAUCAGUCUGGCGGCGGAAACCGAGUACGAUGCGCUCGUGGUAGCCAGUACGCUACAUCUGCCGCAGCUCGUCCAACGCCUAUCGGCCAGCGUCCACGGCUCGAGACCAGUAGUCUGCUACAGCCAGUUCAAGGAGACACUGCUCGAACUCGCCCACGCGCUGUACGACGACUUGCGAUUCCUUGCCCCCUCCAUCCUCGAGAUCAGAUGCAGGCCGUACCAAACGGUCCGCGGCAAACUGCACCCGUUGAUGACGAUGCAUGGCGGCGGCGGCUAUUUAUUGUGGGCCCACCGGGUGAUACCUGCCGCGGAGCCCGCCGCUACGUAA